AAGAUCAUCAAACCAUUCUAUCCUAUAAAAACUUGAAUGCUGCAGAACAGUUUGUCUAAAAUCCCAGGAGCAUCGGUGAUCAACGAAAGAUGAUCGUGAAUUACAUGAUGCAUUAUGCAUCACAAUUCAUUGGCCUAUAUGACUGUAUGAUUGGCACGUCUAGUAAUCGCAUGUUUUGUUAUUUGAUCGUUAAUGGACCCAUCAUCAUUGAACAUGAUCUUGUUAAUGCGCUAUCAUUGAAUAAUGUAUGAUAAAUGUACCUCAGUUAUCCCCUUAGUAAGAGCUUUCGUGAAUUCCACUUCGAACAAAUAUUUUUAAAACAAUACAUUGCUGAAUCAAGCAUUGAUGUGUGGUAUCAGAGAUGUUAGUAGUACCAUAAGUCGUAUGCAUUGGAGGAUAGAGGUGACCUCGAUUACAGUAAUAUUCAUAAUUACUACGCCAGAGCAUGAGCACAUUUGGAAUUCAUUUGUUAUUGCAUUGGUGUUCACUUAACUGGUUAAAUGCAAGAGCGAACUAUAAACACUAAAAUCAAUCACUGCUAAGGAGACCAAUGUCUGUGUUGAAAUUGCAAUUCUUUAAUAACUAAAAUGUUUUUCUUGAGAAAGCUAAAGAGGUCUGGAGAGCUGGACAAUUUUCCAUCGUCAUCGUCAACGACAGAAUUUUUUGGCGAGACGGAAUUGGAAUCCGUUGCUAACAAUGAGGAAGCUGGGCCUGAUGCUUCGUCACCUUCUAAGGAUAAGUACUCAGAGAGCCGAUUUACGCUCGAAAUUGAGCUAGAGGGAAGGGGUACAGAGGAUAUUGUUGACCUACACCAUGUAGCGAUUGAGGGGAUGACAUUUAAACAAAAGUGGAAUAUUCUAUAUGAGUUCAUUACAAACAAUACCGUUGUAAGUGCAAGGCAACUGAUCCAAUCAGACUUCAGUCUGUUGAGGUACAAGGAUGGUGAUGGAAGAGGCGUCCACCAUGUUGCGGCCGAAAAUGGGAGUCUCGAAGUUCUUAGGAUGUUUGUCGUGGAAUUUCUAUCACAUUUUGAUGUGAAUGGCUGUGACAAACACGGAAACAACAUAUUACAUCUGGCGGUAGAAAAUGGGCACAUUGAAUGUGUGAAGUUUAUUCUUAACCAACUAAAAACUGUUUCGAAAACUGAUUUGAAUAAGGACGGAUUGGCACCAAUACACACAGCUACAAAGCAUGGGAAUUUAGAAAUUGUGGAAUUCAUUCUCAAAGAAGGAAUUGUUGAUGUGGAUCAAACGACACGCCCAGAUCUGGAAACACCUCUCUAUAUUGCAGCCCAACAUAACGACGCGCAAAUCGCAAGAUGUUUGAUACAACACGGAGCGAAUAUAUCCCAAGUAACAGCGAAUGGUUGCAGUCCCAUAAACGUUGCUGCAAAAGUGGGCUCCGCUGAUGUAUUGUCAAUAAUGUUUGAGAGCAAUGAACUCACUGGACAUACAAAACAGGACCUGUUGAACAUGAUGGAUAAGGAGAAUAAUCAUCCAUUGCACUCGGCUGUCAACAGCGCUGAUAUAAACGCCGUGUCUGUCUGCCUGAUGGCUGGAGCAGCAAUUGAUGCCCAACAGGGAGAUGGUGCAACGCCGGUUCACCUAGCAUGUACUCUUGGUUGUAUGAAUUUGGUUAAACUUCUGAUAGAGUCCCAACAGGACAAAAUCUCGAAAGUGUUGCAUACAAUGGAUAACGCCAAAAUGCUUCCGAUACAUCGAGCCGUUCUUGUUAACCAACCAGACACAGUGGCGUACCUAAUUGAACAGGGCACUGACGUAAACGCCAGAGAUGGACGCUCUAUGACACCGCUGAUCUUAGCUGCAACCCGUGGCUCGUCAAUGGUUGCCAGACGUCUCAUUCAAUUAAAAGCAGACAUAACAUGUCAAGAUGAACAAGGGAGAACCUUUAUACAUGCAGCCGUGUCGGUGGGAGCUGAUAUUGAGAUGAUUGCGGAACAUAUACCGAUUUCCGAGAGAAGUAAACUAUCUGAUUUGUUACACUCUCUGGACAACGAUGGUCAUACACCCCUACAUGUGGCUUCGAAGUAUGGCAACAUUAAAGCGAUGUUAACUUUACUCAAUCAUGGUGCUGAUCCUCAUGGGAAGACUGUCAAAAGGGAGACACCUUUACACUUUGCAGCUCGUUAUGGACGGUUGAAUACAUGCAAACAUUACCUUGAUAGUGAGAUAGGCUCGCAGAUCAUUAACGAAGUUGACUCCAAUGGAUACAGUCCUCUUCACCAUGCGUGUGCAAAUGGUCAGUCUGAAGUCGUCCGACUUUUAUUACAAAGAGGAGCACGCAUGUCAAGGGACCACAGGGGAAAUAACCCUCUUCAUAUUGCAUGUGCUGCUGACGGCAACAUGGACGUUUUACGACAGCUCUUGUCUACCCACACUAAUAUGAUAAAUGCGACCAAUAAUGAGUCGAAAACACCGUUACACUUGGCGGCAGAAAAGGGGCAUGGGGAAGUCUUGGUAACACUUCUUUCGAUGGAUGCGAUGAUAACAAAGGAUUUAAAUAAUCAAACGUUCUUUGAUAUCCUAAUUGUAAACAGCAUGGAAGAAAGUGCUAUUGCAGUGCUAUCGUCGGAAAGGUUCAGAGAUGCACUGAAUCAAUCAUCGGCAAUAUUUAACGCCCCGUUUCUUGGACUAAUAAGAAACCUCCCAAAAGCAUGUAUGGUUGCCAUGGAUAGGUGUAUAGUGUUAUCGGAAAACAAUGGAUCAUCUAUAGAAUACGACUUUACUUACAUCAUAAAGAAUUUUCUCCCGAGCGAUUCUAAUCAGAACAAAAUAAUGAAGUCAACAUCUCCAUUGCAUGUAAUGAUAGAACACGGAAGAAUCGAUUGUCUGUCUCAUCCGCUAUGUCUACAGUACCUGAAGUAUAAAUGGGCAACAUUUGGUAUGAAACUACAUAUAAUGAACAUGGUUAUCUAUUUACUGUUCCUGGUUUCACUUACUGCCUUUGUAAGUUUGAGAAACCCACUCGAACAUGGUGGGUUCGAGAAUACCGAAAAGAAAAUUAAUGAAACAUACACGGCGACAACUCCGAUUAGGUCAAAUCCCCAAGUUGAGAUGGGCUCUGUGGACAUGAUUUUAGCUCUUGAGAUAAUUCUGUUCUGUUUGAUAAACAUUGGAAAAGAACUUUUUCAGCUCUUCCAUCAGAAAUUUAGAUAUUUCCUCGAUCCCAUCAACAUUAUGGAGUGGAUGAUAUAUGGGGCAUCGCUUGCGUUCACCGUGCCCUUCCUGUUCGGUUUUUCAAGUAUUGUACAAUGGCAGUGUGCCCCAAUAGCCGUCUGUCUGGCAUGGAUUAACUUUAUGCUAUUUUUCGUAAGAUUAGAUGUUAUUGGGAUAUACGUUGUGAUGUUCUUGGAAAUUCUGAAGACGUUGGUCAAAGUGUUGGUUGUUUUCUUCACUGUGAUCGUUGCAUUUGGGAUGACAUUCUAUAUGCUUCUUUCAAAUCAGAGUGACGCAUAUAGAACCCCAGAGCUGUCCAUUGUAUCCACAUUUAUCAUGAUGCUGAAUGCCGUCAGCUACACGGAUACAUUCCUCAUACCACUCGUCAAUGGUGACCAAGGGAGUACUCACUUAGAGCGAGUGUCAACCCUCAUGUGUAUAAUCUUCAUGAUCCUCAUGCCUAUUAUCCUGAUGAAUCUCUUGAUCGGUUUGGCUAUAGGCGAUAUUGAAGAAGUAAAGAAAACUGCGAGGUUGAAGCGCUUAAAGAUGCAGGUAGAUCUACUUACAAGCGUCGAGGAACGAUUGCCUCAGAGGAUAUUAGACAAAAUAUCCAAAUCCUCAAUAAAAGUUGACCAAAGCAAAAAAAGAUUUUGGCAUGGGUUAUCAACGUCUAUGUACAAUGAAACUUUCCGCUGUUGCCAGGACGACAAUGAUGGACUAGAUACUGCAGAACAGUACAUCGUUGAAGAAAUAUUCAAACAGCAACAAAGGUUAGAUAAACUCGCUGAUAAUGUUACUAAACAGAGUAACCUCGUCAAGUUGAUUCUCCAGAAGAUGGAAAUAGAAAAUGAAUAUGAUUAUCAAGACGAAGGACCACCCUUAAAUGAUGUUAUUGCCUCCAGUCAAUCAAAAACAGAAGAAAUAAAAAUGAAACUUGUUCAACAAAGUGCAAUGACCUAUAAUUGGGCAACGACGGGACGUCGUUAA